UACCUUGUUGGAAAAAAAGGGAUGCUUUGCUUUCUCGCCUGGAAGUGACGCAGCCCGCAAUCCUGGAGUGAGCUCGCCAGUUGCUCGCUAGCCGUGUUGCAGUAGUGUGCGGGCGCCGCUGGGUGAGUCCCUCUCUCCGCCGCCGCUGCAUCCAUUGCUCCGCUCUUCCGAAGAAAAGAGAAGGACUGGGUCCGUGAAGGAGGAGGGCCCCCGCUGCCGCCGCCGCCGCCGCCAUUAUCGGAACGCUGCCUCAAAUCGCACUUUCACCCACGCGAUCUGCUCCCAAAAGCGGGACGUGUGAACACUUCCGAUCGCCCCGUGGAUGUUUUGUCGGAGACGAAACGGCUGGUCGAUUGCAACCGACUGGUCCGUUUUGUGUAAGGCGUGUGCGACCGGCCCAGCAUUAAAUGUGCACAACAAUGGACACAGUAAUGAAGUGAAAACGAAGCAACGUGGUGAAGCCAGCAAAGGAACGGCUUAGUACGAUUCUUUUUUUUUUUGGACACCGGGAUUUUUUUUCUGAAGAAAAAAAAAAACGUAUGCUCAAACAACAUCGGAUGGUUCUCAUUUUGCGCGUGUGGAUAUUUAUUGCCUUUCCAGUGUUUUUCAAUUGCAACAACGGAGGGAGCAAGUGAUGCCGAAGAGGAGAAGGCAAGCACGGGACCUGGCUUUCAAAGGGGAUGAAUGAAGGCACCAUCUUCACAUAUCACCGCACUGCUUCUUGAAUUCAAAAUAGAUGCCCUGCAGAAGGAACUGAAAUUUGAGCCCAUCACCAACUUUAUGGACAAACCUUCAAGCGAACUUUUUUUACACAGUGCCUGUUUAUGGCAGGAUGAUCGUCGGUAGCUUAUGAUGGCGAAAAAGCAAGAUGUCCGGUCCCCCAUUUACAACCUCAUCGUGGUGGGUUUGUCGGGUACGGAGAAAGAAAAAGGACAAUGUGGGGUUGGAAAGUCCUGCCUUUGUAAUAGGUAUGUCAGGCCCAGCGCAGAUGACUUCUACUUGGACCACACAUCCGUGUUGAGCACCAGUGACUUUGGGGGUCGAGUGGUUAACAAUGAUCACUUUCUAUUUUGGGGGGAGGUCUCGCGGCUUCUGGAGGAAGGGCCCGAAUGCAGAAUGCAUAUCGUGGAGCAAACGGAAUUCAUUGAUGACCAGACGUUUCAGCCACAUCGUAGCACCGCCAUGCAGCCGUAUAUUAAACGAGCGGCUGCCACCAAGCUGGCGUCCGCAGAGAAGCUCAUGUACUUCUGCACGGAUCAGUUGGGCCUAGAGCAAGACUUUGAGCAAAAACAAAUGCCCGAGGGCAAGCUGCAGGUUGAUGGUUUCCUUCUCUGCGUUGAUGUCAGUCGGGGCAUGAACCGCAAUUUUGAUGACCAGCUGAAAUUUGUCACAAACCUUUACGGUCACCUCAGCAAGACCAAGAAACCUAUCGUGUUAGUCCUAACAAAGUGCGACGAAGGAGUUGAACGCUAUAUCAAAGACGCGCAUACCUUUGCGAUCACAAAAAAGAGUCUACCCGUUGUCGAGACAUCUGCGCGUUCAAAUAUAAACGUGGACCUUGCCUUCCUCACUUUGGCUCAGCUUAUUGAUAAAAGCAGAGGCAAGCCCAAGAUCAUUCCCUAUUUCGAAGCACUGAAGCUCCAGAGUCAGCAAAUAGCUUCCGCCAAGGAUCGCUACGAAUGGCUAAUCAACCGGAUCGUGAAGAAUCAUAAUGAAACCUGGCUGAACACCAGUCGACGCAUGAACACCUCCCCAGAAUACAAAGAAUAUGUUUUCUUGGAGGGAACAGCGAAAUGCAAGAAGCUAUUCCAACAGCAUGUUUACCGUCUGAAGCAGGAACAUAUCGAGCGGCGCCGUAAAAUCUACCUAAGCACACUUCCUCUUGCACUUAGUUCUUUGGUGCCUGACCUGGAUGAAAUAGAUCAGCUCAGUUGGUCUGGUGUACAGAAGGUUCUCGAGUCCAAGCAGCACUUUGCCCACUGGUUCGUUGUUCUGGAGGACUCUCCUUGGGAGGAUACAUCUCACAUCGACAAUAUGGAAGACGAGCGGAUCCCGUCAGACCUUCUGGAGACGGACGAAGCGGAGGAAUUGUUUAAUGCCCACCUGGAGCAUUUACGGAACGAGUGCAGACGUGCGGAGAUGAGGCUCGAGUUUAAACACAAGCUAGCUUCUUCUCCCUUUGUCACACCCGGAAGACCCUGGGAGGAGGCUCGCAGCUUCAUCAUGAACGAAGAGUUCUACCAGUGGCUUGAGGAACCGGAGUACUUGGACCUUUACAACCGUCAUCAAAAGGAGAUCAUUGACCGGGCCAAAGAAGACUUCCAGGAGCUGUUACUGGAGUAUUCUGAGCUGUUUUAUGAACUUGAAGUGGAUGCCAAGCCAAGUAAGGAGAAGAUGGGGGCAAUUCAGGAAGUGUUGGUGGAAGAGCAGAGGUUCAAGGCGCUACAGAAGCUUCCAGCCGAAAGAGACGCUCUGGUAUUGAAGCAUAUCCACUUUGUAUAUCAUCCGACGAAGGAGACCUGCCCUAGCAGCCCCCACUGCGGAGACUCCAAGAUCGAACAACUCCUGGCUUCCCGUUUCCCGACUUGUUAUCCCUUUUUUGACGUGAAGGCUCAUUUCGGGGAUACAAAGGCCGACCGAAUCAAUCUUGUCAUACUGGGAAAGGAUGGACUCGCCAGAGAAUUUGCCAACGAGAUUAGGGCUCUCUGCACCAACGAUGACUGGUACGUGUUGGACGGGAAGAUGUACGAGCUGACGCUGCGGCCCAUCGAGGGAAAUGUGCGUCUUCCUGUCAAUUCUUUCCACACUCCGACGUUCACCCCUCACGGAUGCCUCUGUCUGUAUAAUUCAAAAGAAUCCCUGUCGUACGUGAUCGAAAGUCUGGAGCGUCUUCGGGAAUCCACGCUAGGUCGAAGGGACAGCCAGCUAGCGCAGCUGCCGACGUCACUGCUCUUAGUCACCAAAAGAGGCGUCGGCUCAUACGUGGAUGUCGGUGGAGAAACUGCCUUAAACCUAAUAACGCAAGGACAGCAAGUUGCGAGGAGACUUCAGUGUAGCUUCUUAGAUCCCGCCUCUCCCGGUGUCGGCUAUGGCCAUAAUGUCAGCGAGUCACAAAUCAAUCAGGUGCUCAGGGGCCUUCUGGACAUUCGGAGGAGCACAUCCUUCAGUAGCAGUUCGCCUCCACUCCUCCCCGAGCCCCCGGGUGUGAGAGAGUCUCCUCAUCAGCCAGCCCCGGAGGCGGAUCUUCGCAUCGUCAUGUGCUUAAUGUGUGGCGACUCCUACGACAUUGAACAGCUGCUGUCCCCUUUCCUGAUGCAUCACCACUGCAGGCCCAUGUCAAACAGCGGCACUUCUGUCUUGCUCGAGCAGACCGUUGCGGGACAUAAGCUCGCUAUAGAGCUAUCGGUCCUCUCAUAUCACGCUUCCUUCACAUUACGGAAGAGCAGGCUGGUGCACGGCUACUUUGCUGUGUACUCGGUUUCCCGAAAAUCAUCCCUGGAGACGCUGUGUGCGUUCUUGUGCGAAGUUCAGGACAUCAUCCCGGUGCAGCUGUUGGCAGUCGGGGAUAGCCAGGCCGAGCUGGCGGAGAGCGACUACGCCCGGGAGCAGCAGAUCCAAGGAGAGGAACUCGCCCAUGAGAUCGAAGGCCGUUUCAAUAGUGUGGUUUGCGGUUCCGGGGGCGUCGUGGGAGGCCUGCACAGGAUCGAGAUGUUCCAUCCCUUUCUCAUGGAGGUGGUGGAGAAGCGCAACAUUGUGGAAGCCACACACAUGUACGACAAUGUUGCCGAGGCGUGCACAAAUGAAAACGUGUACUCCCCGCGCUGCAGUUCUCCCAGCCCCGUCACCCUGUUCCUGGAUUCAGAGGACGAUGUUGAACCUUCGCCACCGUACUACGACGGCACGCUGACGUCUCACCACGGGGGCUUCAACUUGCACGACUUGGACUCCAAUGACAUCUCUCUUAUCUCUGACAUUCGAGACCUCGAGAGCAAACUCAACAACAAGGUGCCCCCGCAUGUAAGAGUUAAACCAGGCGUCACGUUCGAUUUUCGAAAGAUCAGCCGAAACCCAUACGUGGACACCGUCGGUCACCGGCGCUCGCUGCCGUCUGCCGUGACCUGGGUACCUGGGGGCGACGUGGGCUACGACCCCUCAGACUACGCAGAACCCAUAGAUGCUGUUUGCAAGCCCCGCCCCAACAACGACGAGAUCAUCUACUCGGUGCCACAUGACAGCACGCAAGGAAAGAUCAUCACCAUCCGCAACUCCAAUAGGAUGCACUCCAAUGGCAAUGGAUCCGACAGCGAAGCAGACAGCAGCUCUCUGGAACGAAGGAGGAAAUUCUCCGCGGCGGGCGUCAAACCCCGUCUGUACCGCGACCGUUCCAAGCGGCUCGGUAAGUUCAGCAGCUUCCGCAGCAGCUUCAUAGGCAGCGACGACGAGAUGGGAGCGCUGCCAAAGUCCAAGGAAGAUGACUUCGGGACAUUGAAAGGUGAAAGUCUGGUCAAUGAGGAGAACGAGGACCCCAAGAAGAGGAAUAUUCUGAAGAGUCUUCGACGAACGGCCAAGAAAUCAAGACCAAAGCCCCGUCCGGCAAUCCCCAAGCCCAUUGAAAGCAACUAUUUCGGGGUGCCUUUAGUCAAUGUGGUAUCCCCGGAUAGACCUAUUCCACUCUUCAUUGAGAAGUGCGUUCGCUUCAUUGAGACCACAGGUCUAAACACAGAAGGUUUGUACCGCGUAAGCGGGAACAAAUCUGAAAUGGAAAGCAUGCAAAGGCAGUUUGAACAGGACCACGGAUUAGACCUGGUGGAGAAAGAUUUCUCCAUAAACACUGUGGCUGGAGCCCUAAAGAGCUUCUUCUCCGAGCUGCCUGAGCCCCUGGUGCCUUGUGCUCUGCAGGUGGACCUACUGGAUGCUUUCAAAAUCACUGACAGAGAGCAGCGGCUGUACACCAUGAAGGAUAUCCUGAGAAGGUUCCCCAGGGAGAAUUACGAUGCCUUCAAAUACGUCGUGAGCCACUUACACAAGGUGAGCCAGCUGAGCAGGCUGAACCUGAUGACCAGCGAGAACUUGUCCAUCUGCUUCUGGCCCACACUCAUGCGACCGGACUUCACCACAAUGGACGCCCUGACGGCCACGCGCACCUACCAGACAAUCAUCGAGAUCUUCAUCCACCAGUGUGCAUUCUUCUUCUACAACCAGCUGCUCAUCGACUCCCCCACGGGGCUCGGAGGGCUCCCGGCCUCGCCCACCACCACCCUCGGCGGGAGCUCGGCCUAUUCCUGCUACCGCUCCUCACCUCCGCACAGCGGUGCGCAUUUCAGCCCGCUGCAGCAGCAGUCGCCUCCCACCACCCCCCAGUCACCUCUGCAGUCCCUGCUCCCACCCUUGCACCAGCAUGCCCACCCUCACCCCCAACCCCACCACUCCCCUGCUGAACAGGAGACACUGUGAGACGCCAGAAGCCUCGUGUGCCCGGGAUGCGCCCUGGAACCUCACCGCCAACAUACAAACGUAAGAACUUCAUGGUAAAUUAUAGCGAAGGGGGGUGGGGGGGAGCGAUUAGUGAGGGGGAGUGUGCCCCCCCCAACCUCACACUGGUGUUUUUGAGGGUUGCCUGGAAUCGGACAUCAUGAAAGCUGGAAGACAUUCGUGGCCACCGUGUUUUUAUCUGUUUUUCUUCCUCAUGAAAGUACUGCCACUGGAUUUGUUGAACCUCUCGGUCCUUUAGGGUGGAAAUUUGCGCCCUCUUGUGGAGGCAUUGGGGGUGUUUCAUUUCAUUGGUAUUGGGGUGGGUGGGCGGAAGGGGUGGGGCUUACACAUCCAGGGAUGCACUUUAAUGUUUUUUUUUUUUUUUUGGACAAAUUGUGUGUUUUUAAUUUUGACAGCUCAGCCAUACCCAUUGCCUCUACAGAAAGGAGCUCUGGCAGAUCAAACUUUGUUUACAUGAAAUGUUUUUUUGGUUUGUUUGUUUUUCUUUUAUAUCCGCAUACGUACCUGAAGCACUUUUCGAUAGUGUAGCGUUACAUUUGAAUUGUCCAUUUUGCUUGUUUAGUGGUUGAGUCUGGCAUUCUAGUGCAAACGAGAUCCCCUAAUGUAAAAACUUUCAUUGGUUCCAUGAUCCCGGAGCGACUCCUGUUCCUCACUCAUCCCGGCCUCGCGGAAUAUAGUUUUAGAUUUGUCCUCUUUCUAGCUGUCGGUUGAGUUGAAGGGAUUUUUCAGGAAGUGGGAUUUGAUUAAUGUGGGUCAAGUUAAGAAAAGCAGCCAUAUUUGAUCAGCACACAAGAUGCUUAUGUCUAAUAUUCCCUCCAGUUUCCACAUUUACCGCAAAUCCCGCUUGGACAAUAUCGUAAAAAGAAUCUGUGAAUGGCGACGCCACACAUGAAGUACUUUAGCAUAUCAUCCAGUGUUGGUGAAGUUCUGAAUGUUGUUUUUUUUUUAACCCUUAAAAUUUACCAGACAAAGCUCUGUGCUUCCUACGGGAAAAAGUGUGUUAAUCACAGGGUUGACCGUUUUUUUUUUUUGUUGUUUUUUUUUUUCUGAGCAUCUUUGACUGGCACUUAGUAAGUACCACAAUGGAUUCAUUUUAAACAUUGUUCCUCCUACCGGGUCCAUCAUGAAAUAUACUGUAAACACAACCGUGGCUACUCGUUGCUAUUCAGUGGGCAAAGAGUCACUGUCAACGUUUGUAGGCUGGGGGGAGGACACCAGUGAAGUGGUAGGAAACAUUUCUAGUGUGUGUUUCGGUGAUUGAAAGUCCGUUUGUACAAUUUUUUUUUUUUUUUUUUUUUUGUGAAGGGUUCAAGGCCACUUAAUGCAUGAUUUAAAACACACACCAUGGGAGAGGGAUGAAAGACUCUCCCUGUUUGAAAAUAUACAUCAAGUCCAAGGACAGAACAAAUGCUUGAAGCGAAAUGGCUUAUAGUACCGCACCAAGAGCAAUCCAUGAAAUUUGUCUGACUGAGCAAAUAGUGUUUGAAGAUGAAGGCCUUAUGUGAACUGUAUGAUAGUUAAUAAAUUAAAUCUUGUAAAAUUGUUCUCA